CAUAUGAGCUUUUCAUACCACCUCAAUAUUUCCCUCAAAAUAUGGCUUCCUCAAAAUUAAUCUCUUGUCUAAUAUUUCUUUCAUCCAUUGCAACAGUUAUUUCCACAGAUCCACUCUUCCAUUUUUGCUCAAAAUCUGGAAAUUUCACAGCCCAUAGUUACUAUGCACAAAAUUUGAAAAAUGUCUUAGGUGAUCUCUACUUGAAAACACCUCUAACAGGGUUCUCAACUAGCUCAAUUGGGAAAAAUUACGACCAAUCAAAUGGACUUUCUCUAUGUCGAGGUGAUGCUUCAAGUGACGAUUGCAAGACAUGUGUAUUAGAUGCUAGUGAAGAACUUGGAAAACGUUGUCCAUACGAUAAAGAAGCCAUCAUAUGGUACGAUAAUUGUCUCUUGAAAUAUUCCAACAAAAAUUUCUUAGGAAAAAUUGAUAACACAUACAAGUUUUACAUGUGGAAUGUUCGCGUUGUGAGCAAGCCUGAAUAUUUCAAUGCAAAGACCAAGGAGUUAUUGGGAAGCUUGGCUGAAAAUGCUGAUAAAAAGAAGAAUUUGUAUGCAACUGGAGAAAUGGAGAUUGAAGAAAAUAAGAAACUGUAUGGAUUGGUUCAAUGUACAAGAGAUAUUUCUAAUGAGGAUUGUAAGAAGUGUCUUGAGGGUAUUAUUACUGAACUUCCAAGUUGUUGUGAUGGGAAAGAAGGUGGAAGAGUUGUUGGUGGGAGUUGUAACUUUAGAUAUGAAAUUUACCCUUUUAUUAGUACUCCUUAGCAGAACUCAGAAAAUAUAUGAUACUAUAUUGCUAAUGCUCAAAAGAUGAUACAAUUUGAACCAAAUGAUUACAUUGAUGUAAUUUAGUUUGAAUGUAGCUUAUCGUCUUGUUUGCAUUGUUUGUCUCAAGUAUGUAAGGUGAAUUAAGUAUGGACAAAUAUGUUUUCGUACUUUGAUAUA